AUGUCGCGUCAUCACCCCGAUUUGGUUAUGUGCCGGAAGCAGCCCGGAAUCGCCAUCGGUCGUCUUUGCGACAAGUGCGACGGCAAGUGCCCCGUCUGCGACAGCUACGUCCGCCCGACCACUCUCGUCCGCAUCUGCGAUGAAUGCUCCUUCGGAAACUACCAGAACAAGUGUGUCGUGUGCGGCGGCGAGGGCAUCUCUGACGCCUUCUACUGCUUUGAAUGCACGCGCCUGGAGAAAGACCGCGACGGUUGUCCCAAGAUCAUCAACCUAGGAAGUUCAAGGACCGACCUGUUCUACCAGAAGAAGAAUUUCCGGAAUCAUUAA